AUGCUUGCCGAGACAAACCUUCAGGGCCUGGAGUUGGAAAUCUCCCAACUCGAGGCUCGUCUGCACGACUUGCGCUCACAGCUCGAUGCGACUACCUACCCUUCCCCACCAUCCUCCCACGCAGACACUAAGACACAAUGGACAAUUCCAUCAGACCUAUAUAAUAAUAAAUUCCAAUCGGAAUCCGUCCAAACAUCAUCCCUCCACGCACUUCUCCUCCUCUCCGACUCCGCCCUCCCAUUGGGCUCAUUCGCAUACUCCAGCGGGCUGGAGUCCUACCUCGCACAUAACAAGCCUCUCCGCACAAACCCAUCAGCCUCAUUCCACCGCUUCCUCAAACUCUCCAUCGCCUCCAUCGCCAGCACAUCCCUCCCAUAUGUCCUCGCCGGGUAUCGCCACCCGGAAACCAUAGAGACCCUCGAUAAUGACCUUGAUGCCUCAACCCCCUGCAUUGUAGCGCAGCGCGCCAGUGUAGCACAGGGACGCGCUUUGAUCGGCGUGUGGGAGCGCGCCUUCCGGGGCAGCUUCGCCGCUCCCACUCGGAGCACCGAUACCGGCGCGCAGGUCGCGGUGACGUCGAUUGAUGAAUUCUCCGAUGCGUUGAAAUCCGCACUCGGAGAGGUCGAUGAAUACGAUAUGGGACCUAAGGGUCAUUUCGCUCCGCUCUGGGGUGUCGUUUGCCGUGCUAUGGGACUGGAUCUGCAGCAAACCGCUUAUAUCUAUAUCUUGAACCAUGCCAAGGCGGUUUUGAGUGCCGCUGUGCGGGCAUCCGUGAUGGGACCCUAUCAGGCGCAGAAUAUUCUGGCGAGCCAGAGCUUGCAGGAUACAAUGAUGGCUCGCAUCAAGCGGGAGUGGAAUACGCAAGUCGAAGAGGCUGGGCAAGUGGUACCGGCACUGGAUUUGUGGGUCGGUAGACACGAGCUUCUAUAUAGUCGGAUCUUCAACUCAUAA